CUCCCGCGCACACACCACCCAGGCGCUCCGGCUGCACUUCAGCGGCUUCCCAGCGGCUCCUCAGAUGGCAACUCCGGGAGCUGGAUUUUGGUCCUUCGGGACUGAGGAGGGAUCUGGCGAUCCAGACAACCCAGGUCCAGCCAAAGCCUGGUGCCAGGCUGCCCAGAAGUUUACUGGAGGCAUUUCAACCAAACUCUGCGCUCUGCUCUACGGAGAUGGCGACAAGACCACAGAAACGGGAGCGACGAAGGCAGACCCUGAUUCGGCCUCCAGAAAGGGGGCUUGUACCUGCAGCAAAAAGCCUUGCGCUUGCCAGAAAGGGGAGCUCAGCUAUGCUUUCCUGCACGCCUCAGAUCUUCUGCCGGCUUCAGAGGGGGAAGCGAUCACCUUGGCUUUCCUACAAGAUGUGAUGGACAUUUUGCUCCAGUAUAUGGUGACGAAUUUCGACCGAUCCACUAAAGUGAUUGAUUUCCACUACCCAAACGAGCUGCUUCAGGAACAUAACUGGGAAUUGGCGGAUCAGCCCCAAACCUUGGAGGAAAUUCUGUUGACUUGCAGGACGGCGCUGAAAUACGCCAUCAAAACAGGGCAUCCCAGAUAUUUCAAUCAGCUUUCAACUGGAUUGGAUAUGGUUGGAUUAGCUGCAGAUUGGCUAACUUCUACAGCUAACACUAAUAUGUUCACCUAUGAAAUUGCUCCUGUGUUUGUACUGUUGGAAUAUGUCACAUUAAGAAAAAUGAGAGAAAUAAUUGGUUGGCCAGGAGGUGCUGGUGAUGGAAUUUUUUCACCUGGUGGUGCCAUAUCUAACAUGUAUGCUAUGUUGAUUGCACGUUUCAAGAUGUUUCCAGAAGUUAAAGAGAAAGGAAUGGCAGCUAUUCCAAGGCUGGUUGCCUUCACCUCAGAACAUAGUCAUUUUUCAGUGAAGAAAGGAGCAGCAGCUUUAGGAAUUGGUACUGACAGUGUGAUUUUGAUCAGAUGUGAUGAAAGAGGGAAAAUGAUCCCAUCUGAUCUUGAAAGGCGAAUUGUUGAGGCCAAGCAAAAGGGAUUUGUUCCUUUUCUAGUAAGUGCCACUGCAGGAACCACCGUAUACGGAGCUUUUGAUCCGCUUAUAGCUAUUGCUGAUAUUUGCAAGAAGUAUAAAAUAUGGAUGCAUGUGGAUGGAGCUUGGGGUGGUGGGCUGCUGAUGUCAAGAAAACAUAAAUGGAAAUUAAAUGGCAUUGAAAGAGCAAAUUCCGUGACAUGGAAUCCACACAAAAUGAUGGGGGUUCCUCUUCAGUGUUCUGCCUUGCUUGUACGCGAAGAGGGGCUGAUGCAAAGCUGCAAUCAGAUGCAUGCUUCUUACCUCUUCCAACAAGAUAAACAUUAUGAUCUCUCUUAUGACACUGGAGACAAGGCAUUGCAAUGUGGACGCCAUGUUGAUGUCUUCAAACUAUGGCUGAUGUGGCGAGCAAAGGGCACUAUAGGAUUUGAAGCACAUAUUGAUAAAUGCUUGGAUCUUGCAGAGUAUCUAUAUAACAAAAUUAAGAACAGAGAAGGCUAUGAAAUGGUGUUUGAUGGCAAGCCUCAACACACAAAUGUUUGCUUCUGGUACGUGCCUCCCAGUUUACGGAAUACAGAAGACAAUGAAGAAAGGAUGAACCGUCUUUCAAAGGUGGCACCAGUAAUUAAAGCUCGGAUGAUGGAGUGUGGAACCACGAUGGUUAGCUAUCAGCCCCUGGGAGACAAGGUCAAUUUUUUCCGCAUGGUUAUCUCCAAUCCAGCAGCAGCUCACCAAGACAUUGAUUUUCUGAUUGAAGAAAUAGAACGCCUUGGGCAAGAUUUGUAAUCCUAUAAUCUGCCAUAUCCUUCUGAAGUACCUCUAGAGUCUAAUACUGCAGAACCUCAAGAGAUGUCUGCGUAUAAGAAAACAAACCGAAAAUAAUGAUAUCACAAAAUGCUGCUAUUCCUAAUGAUUUUUCCCAUAUGACCUAGCUAAAUAGAAGCACAAUCUUUGCAGACUGCUUUCUGGGAGUAAACUUAGGGUUCCGUUUGGAGCCUUCUCCCUCCCCCAAAAAAGGGUGCACUUCAGAAUAAUUAAUUAUACUACAGUACUCAUAUUUCUCAGAUCUACUGAAGAAAAUAUGAAUAUUUUAGGUUCUGAAAAGGCCAGUCCACUGGUAAGGAAGUUCAAGUAACAGCAAAGAUCCACAUCAGGUUCUAAGGAUUGGCGGUCGAACAUCUUGAGGAGUCAUGAGUUUGAGAAGACAUCCAGUGCUGUUGAAGGCAGCACCAGUUGGAAAUAACUUUUACUUAUGAUAUUUGUAACUGCUGCUAUGACCACAUUUCCUUUCAUAGACUGGCUGCUAAUGUCCCAGUAGAUCUAUGUGAUCUUAUGAACGAUGUGUCCAAGACAUUGAAUCCAUUUAUUUGAAAUUGGUUUUCCACAUCUAAGCUCUUAGACAGCUCCUAACUACCGUACUAUUUACGUUCCUCUUUAUAAUUGCCCUGGCAUAAUGACAAAGAUACUAAAUACAAAGCAGAGAAGUAUCUGCCCUGAAUUAUUUCUAAUGUAAUUUGUAAAUGGAUUCAACCAUGCUACUGGGUUUUAGGUUUAGCCCCUAACAAUUGUAUGGGAAUACUACAACCAGCUUAUCUUAUAUAGUGUUAUGGAAUUUCAAAAUAUACCAGAGUGCUAUUUUAAUAUAAAUGUGUGAUUAUGAUAAUCAGUAUUCUGUCCACAGUUCAUAUACCUCUUUUUAAGGAAACAAAAUGAAGGUCCAUCUAGUUUUUAUGGAUGCACGAUCAGCCAUAUUUCAGGCAGAUUUCCUUAGUGUGUUUCCCUCCAAAUGUUUGGGAUUGCAAACCCCAUCAGUCCUAGCCAUUAUGGCCAGUGGUUUGAGAUGAUGGGUGCUGCAUUAGAGAACAUCAUGAGGCUAUUGAGUCAGGGAAGGCUAACUUGGAGGAAAUGAAAUCUGUCAUUCCUCAGUUUCACAUCCUGGAACAAUUUGCAGUUACAACCCUGUUUAAACAUUGGGUUUUAGCUUUAACUAAAAAGCAACAUGGCCACCUGGGUUUGUAAAGCAAUAUUGUUUUACACUCUCUCAAAAUACUUGAAGAUACAAAUGCAAUGUAAUAUGAUUUGAUUGAACGUAUAUAACUUUGCGUACUAGUGACUCAUUGUAAACUUGCAAAAUAGGAAAAAAAAGAGAUAAAACUGUCUGUAGUUGUGCUGCCUUUUGAAUGAUCUUGCUGAGUUUUUUUCCACCUCAAGCUGAAGAUUGCGCACUUUAGAUUUCAUACUGUACAGUGUUGCCAAUUGACAUAUAUUGCUGUAUAAGCUUGUACAAUAUAUUAUGAAUUGUUCUUAUAUGUGUUUAGUAGCAGUAUUGAAUCUAGAUAUCGUAAGAACUUCAUCCUUUCUAGUUUCUCUAUUGCUUCCUUGCUUUAGACCAUGGUUCCAUUCUGGCUAAUUCGUACAAAUAGUGUUCAAUUCUAGGCAUUAAAGCUUAUGUGCUGAAGAGUUUAAGAGCUCUUCUAUGUGAUCUAGACCAGCUUUCCCCAGUCAUGGGUCACUAUGCAGAUGCCAGUGGACAAUGCAGAACCUCCAUGCAUAAGAACUUUCCCCCAAUCAGUUGUAUUGGAAGAGGGAAGUCAGAUCAUCUUUAUGGAUCAGGACAUUUGAAUACCUAUUAAACUGUGGUUAAUGCAAUCUCUCUUCAGAUGGUAAUUGUAUACAUUCCACUGAAGUGAGCAGACCAUUGGCGAGAGCACUUUGAGAUAACGGAGCAGUUCAAUGGCUAGAUUGUAAGUCACCCCAAAUGUUCCUGUUACAAUCAAAGGGAGACAGAAGAGGGGCAGUGAUUUACAGCUUGGAUUGUCUCCAAUUAUAUUUAGUCUAGAUAGAAUUUUGGUGUUCAAGUCCAAGAUCUACAAAUGGUGUUUUC